AUGACAUUACAUAAGGCUUGUCUGAAAGGAAAUGAAGACAUGGUCAAAGUAUUAUGCAAAUUCGGCGCUUUAACAAAUCAGAGCAGCAAUAAUGGCUUUUCCCCUCUCCAUUUUGCUUGUGAUAUAGGACACACUAAAAUUACCGAGAUAUUAAUACAAACGGGUGUAGCAAUUGAUAAAGUUCACGAAAGUGGACAAACCCCAUUACAGUGUGCAUGUGAUAACAUGCAUAAUGAAAUAGCUAAAUUAUUACUUGACAGUGGUGCAGUUGAAAACAGCAGUGAUACACAUGGACGAACUUCACUACAUAGUGCAGCUGAAGAUGGAAAUACAGAUCUCAUUAAACUUUUGAUCGAUCAUAAUGCAGAUGUGAACCUUACUUGUAACUAUAGGCAUAAUGAAAAAGCUAAUGUUUUACUCGAAAAUAGUGCAGACGUCAACGAUCAUGAUGAAGAUGGUCGAACUUCACUAUUCAGUGCCGCUGAAAACGGAAAUAUAGUUCAUAUUAAAAUUCUUAUAGAACAUGAUGCAGAUGUAAACUUUCAAAAAAUAAUGGAAUGA